GCUCUAACACUGACUGCCAUCAUUCCAUUUAAGCCUCCGCCUGCUCUCCCUUAAUCCCCUUAAAGCCUCCUCUUUCACUCAUCCUCGCCGUUUCUCCUCCUCCAUCACCACCGCCGCCGUUAUAUAUACACGCAUAUAUCAAUAAAUUUCUUUGGAUAUUGCAGUGAAUCAAUCAAAUACAAGACAGAGUUUUUCAAGUUCUUAAAGGUUCUAUUUCCGUACCUGAACAAAUAUAUACAUAGAGAUGGAUGUAGAAAUGACUCCAUCGCUGCCUUCAAAUCCUGUGGUGAGUUCCGAGAGAUCAUCGAUUCGAAGAAAGAGGAAGAAGAAAAUCCAAAGCCAAAUCCAUGGAGGUAAUUUGAAUGAUAAUCAGAAUCAAAAUUCUGUAAUUGAAUGGAAAUCCGAAUCUCAGCAACAAGUUUAUUCAUCAAAGCUGCUUCAAGCGCUGCGCCACGUCCGACACAACGGCUUACAAGCUCAAACCACCACUCCUAAGGGCGGCCGAGCUGUACGUGAAGCGGCGGAUAGAGUACUAGCCACCACCGCCAAAGGCCGCUCACGAUGGAGCCGCGCGAUUCUCACGAAUCGGCUCAAGCUCAAGUUUCUCAAGAAGAAUAACAUCACAAAACGGCAGAGAAAUGUGAUGGUGGUUACCACAGGGAAAAGCCGGCCGCAGAAGAAAACAAAAGUGAGCGUAUUCCGUUUGAAAUCGAAGAGUUUACCGGCGGUACACCGGAAAGUUCGCGUUCUUGGCCGAUUGGUUCCCGGUUGCCGAAAAGAGCCUUUGCCGGUGAUUUUAGAGGAGGCUACUGAUUAUAUAGCCGCUCUUGAAAUGCAAGUCCGAGCCAUGAGCGCUUUGACGGAGCUGCUUUCUGUUGCCAGCGGCUCUUCUUCUUCUUCCAGCGCCGCUGCGGCUUCUGGUGGUCCGAUUGAUCAGCCUGGCUCGAGUCAGUCUCGCCCUAGCUAAAAUUGGUUCUUUACGUUUUUUUUAUUAUUUCAAAAAUAUUAUCCGUCCUUAUGAAUAUUCCACUGUGAAUUCAUUCAAACAAAACAAAAAAUAAAAAUAAAAUUUCUACUGUGAAUUAUA